UGGAAGAGAACGGCAUUAAAUUUCUUAUUUUCUCACUCCUCUAACACCUGGUGGUUUGAGGGUGGAUCACAGAGCUUCAGAGUUGCAGCAAUGGCGGCGAUGAUGUCUAUGAGCACCGGAAUCCAUUACCCAACAAAACCUGACCUCAAGAAGAGGAGCUUCAAGGCUUCUGCUUCUACGAGAAUUCAUAGGUUGAUAGAGGAGCAGGGCGCUGUUCUAAUGCCUGGUUGUUAUGACGCUCUCUCGGCCGCCAUUGUUGAGAAGUCUGGUUUCUCUGCUGGUUUCAUCUCUGGUUAUGCUCUCUCUGCUUCUCUCCUUGGAAAGCCGGACUUCGGGUUGCUAACGCCUCCAGAGAUGGCUGAAACUGCUCGCUUUGUGUGUGCUGCGGCUCCUGGAAUUCCCAUCAUUGCUGAUGCAGAGGAGGUGCUUCUCUCAGGUUCACCCAGAGUCUGGAGUCCUUCUUUCAGGCGGCCCCUCUCUGACCUCGAAACCUCUAAUUUUCUUACCUUGUCAUCCUUGUUGCAAUCCACAUUUUUGGCUUCCUCGGGCUCUGACCAAAUCAUUUGGACCCCUUCGCCCUCGGGAAGGUUCUCUGUUGCCUCAUUUUACAAGAAACUGAUGAUGCCGCCUACCUUCUCCCUCUCCCCUAGAUCCAUCGUUGCUCAGGCUUGGUCAUCCAUCACCCCUCCCAAAGUUCAAGCCCUGAUCUGGAUCGUUAUCUCGCAAAAGGCCCUUACAGUGGAUCAUCUCCAGCAUAGAGGGGUCCCUAUCCCCAAACGCUGUGCGAUGUGCCUUACUGAUGAAGAAAGCAACUCCCAUCUUUUCAUCCACUCUCAACUUGCUUUUGUGGGGUUCACUGCUCCAACUCUUCGGCCUCAACUGGGUUACCCCUCCUUCCAUCCCGGCCCUUUACUGUCCCUGGCGCGGCAGGUAUGGGUGGAGCAUUUCGAGACCAACUCGGGAACAUCCUCUCUUCCUUCUCCAGAAACAUUGGUCACGCAGACUCACAGCUAGCUGAGUCGGCACUCCUAUUCGGACAAGACUUUUCGAUCCCUCUUGGGGUCAACCCCUGAUUAUCGAAGGAGAUGCUCAAAACAUCAUCACAUGGGCCUUCGGCUCAUCACCUUGCCCCUGGUACCUUGCAACGAUUUUUGACGAGAUUACUCACAUUUGUAGGGAUAUAGCCAUCUCAUGGAGGCAUACCUGGAGUGAGUCCAACACCCUGGUAGAUCAGCUGGCUAUAGAUGGUGCACUCUCACCCGUCUCGUGACCCAGUGUGACUGGGCUUUUUUGUAUAUGGCUUUUCUUGUAUUAUGUAAGGGUUUUGUACUUGUACUAAUCCACUUUUUGUAUAGGACUACCAUCACGGUAAGUCUUUUUUUGGGAAGAGGCCCGGUCUGUGGGUUCCCUCUUCGCAGUCUUUUUUUGGCAAGAGGCCCGGUCUGUGGGUUCCCUCUUCGCAUGAUGUACUUUCUCUUCAUCUAUACAGUUAACAUUAUCGAGAAAAAAACAU